AUGAGCCAGGUUGAUUCCGUCCGACACAACGCUCACAAUCGUGGGGACGUGCACGGGCAACUCCACGACGUGCUCCAUAUCUUCAAAGAGCAAGGUCCGCCGUCGCCGACCAACUGGUACCUCUUCAACGGCGACUUCGUGGACCGAGGCAACUGCAGCAUUGAAAUCUGCGCGCUGCUUUUUGCCUACCACAUGCUGUACCCGACCGCGGUGCACAUCAAUCGGGGCAACCACGAGGACCCGCAGCUCAACCGUCUCUACAGCUUCCAGCGCGAGGUGAUGACCAAGUACGACCGGCACGUGUAUGGUGCCUUUAACGCCUUCUUUGAACGACUCCCGCUCGCGCACGUCAUCAACGACGCUGUGUUUGUCGUGCACGGUGGGCUACCAGCCGCCGACAUCACGCUGGCCGAGAUCGACGCGAUUCCUCGGCGCGAGUUUCAACUCCACUUUCCCCAAACGUUGUCGCCCGAGCUUCUCAAGCCGCUGAGCACAAUGCGGGACUUGCUGUGGUCUGACCCGUCGCCAACUAAAGGCAGCUCGCCGAGCCGUCGCGGCGCCGGUGUCGUGUUUGGACCCGACGUCACGGCACGUUUUUGUGUCGGAAUGGCCUCAAGGUGCGAUCUGCUUGUGCGUGCCCAUGAACCGGUCCGAGACGGCUUUGACUGGCCGUAUACCAAGGAACAGCUCAGCAGCGGCAACGUGGCUACCAUGGCUGUGCCCCUGGAGGACAAUGGAAACAACGCCGUUUCUUCGUCGACGCUUGUGACGAUUUUCUCGGGCUCCAACUACUGCUACUCCAACAACAAGGGUGCGUACAUGGUGCUACAGUCGUCGCUCGCAUUUCAGCUCCAUACGUUUCAAAUCCCAACCACAGUUGCAAGCGACCCGAUGACAAUGCUUCGGUCGAUCGAGGAUCACAACCGACACAACCUCAUGCAGCUCAUUGGCAACCACAAGAAAGCCUUGUUGGCGGCGUUUGAGGCCAAAGAUUCUCGUCACCUCGGCGUUGUGAGCAUCGAGGACUGGGUCGCAGUUCUCGGAGACGUUUUGCAGCUCGAGCUCGACUGGUCGCGGCUCGCGCCAGUGCUCCUUCCGCCCCGCAGCGUUGUCAAGAACCAAGACAAGGUUGAGUACGCUAUUUUUCUCGAGUCGUACCAGACCAACCAUGCGCAAAACGGCGAUACGGGCGGGCAACUGGAUCUCGACACGUUCUACAUGUACCGAAAGGAGCUGCAAGUGAUCUUUUGCUUCUUCGACAAGGACAACUCGGGCUACAUCACGCUCGACGAGUUCCAGCAAGGCUGCGCGCUCCUCAACGCCCAUGUCGCCGACGAAGAUGCGCAGCUCCACAACAUUGCGACGCUCUUCCAAGAACUCGAUUUGCAAGGCACGGGCAAGAUCAGCAUCAAUGCCUUCCUUGAGGCCUUCCGUAUUACGAACGACCGCGAGAUCCGCAAGUCGUUGUCGUUCUCGCAGCGACAAGAGCAGCAACCCGUGUCCCCUCCCGUCUUGUAG